UACUCUCACAAACUGUGAUUUAUGCCGCUUAUAAAUGUUAUUUAACUUGUCGUAUUACUUUUAAGUGUCUGAUAUUAAUCAGUGUGUAGAUCGAGCUAUUGCGCAAUCUGAGACUGGAGACACUGUAUCUGCAUGUAAAGAUCACGUGUGCUAGUGCUUUUAUUGCAAAUUCAUUAUGUACCGGAUGAAACUGUAAAUCACAUGAGACGCAGGUAAUAUCAGUUGAGGUUUUUUUUACCAGUCAAACAGGUGUUUGUCUCCUCUGUACAUGGAGGGAGGAGUCUCGUUCAUCAGCGCUGACGUUCUGCUGAUAUAUAUGGAGAAAAUCACAAAUAUCUCUUCUGAUUUGUCACUCAAGUUGUUUGAUGAUUUCCUAUGUUAAUUCUAAUAAGGUAACAGAGAGUGUGAUUGGUCUCUCUCUCUCUCUCUCUCUCUCUGUAGAUGGGUUGUAAUGAUCCAGUGUGUUCAGUCUAUUAGGGAACAGUGAAGAACUUUACACCGACUUCUCAUUAUUCUCAAUCAGACUGUGUGUACAGUAGAGGAUUAUGGAGAUCUCUCUCACACUCAUUUUACUGUCCUCUGUAGCGAUGCCCAUUACUGUGGAUUUGUCUGCACCCACAACUUCUGCCGCCACAACAACAUCAGCUUCUCCUUCAGUUUCUCAGACUAACAGAAGUCCAGUUUCCUCAACAUUGGUGACUAUAGCACAAUCUCUUCCAUGUACAGAUUUGUCUGUGUCCACAACUCCUGCUACAACAACAACAACAACAACUCUAUCUCAGACUAACAAGAGCCCAGUGACUUCUCAAACUCCUCCAUCAGAGUCUCUCUUCAUUCCUCCAGUGGUUGUGAUUGUUCUGGGAGUUUUGCUCUUACUGCUCUUAGUUUUGCUUUUACUCCUCUUGGUGUCACUGCUGAUACUGAUUCAGCAUAAUCGAUUGAUGAGGAAAGGAACGGAGGUUCACACUUCAUAUACAGAUCUCUUCAAGAGGAUACACUGGACUCAGACUGAUGCAGUUUAUGAAGAGAUUGAUCACAGAUUAAAUCACGUUGCUGAGAGAGGGAGUCUCAUCUCUGAAGAACAGCAUUCUGGGUAUGAAGAUGCUGAUAAGCUUCUCUCAGUACAAGAACACAAGACUGAAUAUUAUGAUGAUGUCACCAAUCGCAGUGACCUGAGAGAAGAGAUGGUGAAAAAAGCUGAACACUAUGAUGUCAUUACUGAUGGACUGAAAACAUACAGUGAGACAGAAGACAAUCUUGAGAUGUAUGAUGAUGUCAUAUCCACAGGACAGAACUCUAGUCCUCAAAGUGGAGGAGUUCAGGAGGAUGAUGAUGUGAAGAAUGUCUGUGAAGAUGUGAGAAUCCUGUUAGAAUAUGACAUGGGGGAGGAGCCAAAGAAAGUGGGAGGUGCUGUAUGACUCAAUAAGCCCACCAUCUGCCUAAUAUACGAAAAUAAUAUUACAACUUAUAUAAUUGCUGCUAAAGCUACAGUGCCAUAUGUUUUAAUGAUAUUUCAAACAUUGUUUAUUCAUUUUAAAGUCACAUGCUUUGCUAUUUGUAUUAAAAAUAAUUCUAUAUUAGUCAAAGUAUUUUCUAAAUGCUGAGCAAAAAAUGCUGAGGAUUUGAGCCUGAAUGCUGCUGAAAUACGUCUUACUGCUGCUAAAUCUCCUGCCGGAAAAUCGUGUUGCACCUUUUUUGGCAUUAUAAAUUGUGCAUCAGUGAUAAAAAAAACUAUUGGUAAAUUUGUGCGUGCUUGAAGAUCUAUCUAAAUGUAGAUAACAUUAAUAAAAUUACAAAAUAAAAUUAAGCACAGACUUGACAUAUAUGAAGUUUUACUUUAUUCCGUUUUAAUAAACAGUUAUAUUUAAACACA